AUGAUUUUCUCUAGAGUCAUCUUUUCUGCUAUGGUCAUGCUUCUGCUUUCUGAAAGUGCUCAGUGCAGAAGAGUUGACUGUAAGUCUGAAUGUUGCUCAUUUGUGGAGGGCUUUCCUGUGAGGCUGAAGGAGCUCCGUUCUGCAUACAGAGAAAUACAGAGGUUUUACGAGUCCAAUGAUGACUUAGAACCAUUAUUAAACGAGAACGUGCAACAGAACAUCAAUAGUCCUUAUGGAUGCCAUGUCAUGAACGAGAUCCUGCGCUUCUACUUGGAGACCAUUCUGCCAACAGCUGUCCAGAAGAACCACUUGCACCCGAAAACACCCAUCGACUCCAUUGGAAGUAUAUUUCAAGAUCUCAAGCGGGAUAUGGUCAAAUGUAGGAAAUACUUUUCUUGCAAAAAUCCCUUUGAGUUUGCCACCAUAAAGAACUCAUAUGAAAAGAUGAAGGAAAAGGGUGUUUAUAAAGCAAUGGGAGAGCUUGAUAUGCUCUUUAAGUACAUCGAACAGUAUCUGGCGUCAAAGAGAGAAAAGCACUAACAGGAUGUCACUGUGGAUUGGAUGGUGGCUGGCCAUGAUGACAUGAGUCAAGUUUGAAUAUUCUGAAAACAAAGAAAGAAUAAUGGACAGAUCAACCACAUACUGUAGGAUAAGGCACAAAUGGACUUCACCCUUUAACUUAUCGCUUGCACAUCACCAUUCCAUCACACUACUUGCUGAUGCACUGCAAUGCCAGCCUCUUUACCUUCUCUUUCUGGAGUUCUGGAAAAUGUCACAAUGGCAAUGUUUUACAUUGAACUAAAACCAUAAAAUGUUUGUUUAAGUCACAUUGACUAGGGUUAUCUUGAAAAUUUGUUGUCGAAAUUUGUUGAAAUAACUUAUUGUGUAAAUAUUGCGUAAUAUAAAUAUUGUGUAAACACUGAUAUUUAUGUCUUUUUAUCAACUUUAUUUAUUUCUUUAUUUUAUGAUCUUAAAUGUUUAUUUAACUGUAUUUUUCAUAUUUCUGAUGCUUAUAUUUAAUUUGUUACCAGAAACUGUUAUGAGUGUUAUGAAUAAAUUAUUGCAACUGAAUAAUGCAAACAUUUCCUUUUUUGGUUAAUGCGGUUUGGUUGUCUUCCUCGUGUUGAAAUUAGUUCAUACUGAUCUUCUGUUUACUUCCAAGACUGUCAAGUUUUGCGAGAACAAGCCAAAUAAACAUUCUAAAAUCAUAAAGCA